AUGUCGUCCACCAACAAUCUGGCCUUCACGGCCCCCAUCAAUCCUUCCGGGGUAACCCCACUCACGCGGCAACAAAUCUGGGCAGGUCUGCAGUUGAAGGUCCGCUCUGCCGAAACCUUCGUCCCGGGCGCAAUCCAAUCCACAGACGUUCUGAGCGAAUCCGUCGAUCCCGCGACCGGCAACUCCGUCGUCGUUCGCGAAGUCGUCUUCCGCGAAUCCCAGAAGAGAGUCAAAGAAGUGGUCACCUCCUUCGAACCCUGUCGUGUGGAAUUUGACCAGCCGGACGGGAGCCGCGUGAGCAACGUGGUGAGCGAGGGCGCGGGCGGCGACCUGUAUAUGACAUAUAUCUUUGAGUGGAGACAUCCCGGAGUUUCGCAGGAGGAGCUGGCGGCCUUGCUAGAGAAGCAGAAGCGCAUGAGCCAGGGCGCCGUGGAAGGCACGCUGAGCGCGUUGAGACAGCUUGUUGCGGACGGGAAGAUUUGA